AAAUAGCUUAACACUUGUGCUCACUCAUACAGAUUUAUUAUGAAAAGUUUAAAAAUAUAUUUUAGUUUCAGUUGAACAUCGAAAUCAGUAUCAUCAUAAUCAUCAUCAUUAGUAUUAUCAUCAACAGUAUAUCAGUUUAGAGUUGGUUGUAGUAUAAUUGUACCUUUUAUCAGUUUUAUCGAAAUCAAGGGAAAAAAGAGUCAAAAAGUUUUAUCCAUCCCUUUCACAAAUGUUAUAACUAACAGUCAAACUUACCUACUUCUGCAGUUUAUCUUGAACAGUUACAGGAUUCACUUUUAAUUUCAUCUCGAAUCGAACCGACAUCUUGCUCGAAAUAAUUUCACUUCUCUGGAGGCCAUAUUUUGUGACACAUUAUUUGGAUUUCUUACCUUUGAGCGAGAACCGGACCUGAGUUACUUAAUUCAUCGGAAAUCAACUAAUUAGCCCAAGUGUGAUCAACCCUCAAGCAACCAUUCGGCAGGACGGUAAAUCGAUUUCAAACCGCCUUCCUCCGAAACCUCCUAGUCGUCAAUCAUCGAGGGAGUAUUCAUCAUCAUCCAUUUACCAGGAGGAAAGGAUAAUUGAGGAAAGUGUUUUACGGGGCACCAAAUCUUUUGGUCCAUCAUCUUCGUCAUCUUCUUUGCCCUCAUCUAUUGAUUCUUUCUACGGCUUCGAGAGUAACUCUUUCAACCAAUCACCACUCAAUUUUGAAUCAACCAUAGGUUCCACUCAGAAUCAAACAGACUCUUAUUAUCAACCUAAACAACAACAUCAGCAGCAGUAUCAACCUCAGCAACCACAACAACAUCGAGUUACAUCUCAAGUUAAUUUUACUCCUAAACAAUCAGUGGGUAAACCACCGAUUGGUGAUUCUCAGCCAGUUAGGCGACAAGUUUCCUUUGAAUUGGAAAUAAACAAUAACAAUCAAACUUCCCCUAAAUUGCAACAGUCAACUAGAAUGAUGCAGCAAGAUAGUUAUCAACAGAAUUACCAACAACCUCAAAUGGUUGACGAAGAUUUGUUUCGUCAGCAAAUGGAGCAACAACAAUAUUAUAAUCAACAAUACGAGCAACAAGUUCUGCAAGAGCAUUAUAGACAGCAAGAGGAGCGGAGACUCCAGGAAAUGCAACAGCAGCAACAACAACAGCAAGUAUUUGAACAAUUUUAUGAUAAUAAUAAUUAUGACAGUCAAAAUACACGUCAAGCCGCAUCUAAACCAUUAGUUCUUCACAUGGGAAGUUUGGUUCAAUUUCCAAGUAAAGAUCCCAAUCCUAAUGCACCUAAACCUCCUGAAGCACCUCACUUGGGUGAAGAAGUACAAGCCAGAGAUUUUGUACGUCCCACUGUACUUCAGUUUCCUCGUUCAAUUCGCGAUCCAAAUGCAAAAUUACCGGAUGGUUCACAUUUAGGUGAAGAGGAACACCGACCAUUAUUACGUCAAGGUGGUGUAGUUCAAUUUCCAAAAGAAUUCAAACAGCCACUUGACCUUAAAGGCUAUCACCCAGUCGAUGAAGUGGUCAAAGAGACUAUGCCACAAGCUGAAGUUGAACAUCCUGACCAUUUGUUACCCUCUCAGGCAAGAAAACAGCAAACUUACAUCACUCACCCUGUUCACUCAGUAACCAGAGUUAAACCUGCUUUCUCAAAUGAACCCGGUUCACGUCGCUCUAAUGUCCAAUGGCCUCCUCAACGAUCUUCAAUACGACACUUACCCAGAGUUGGUUUUAAUUCAGGUCACAUUCAUCCCGAAGGUUCCAAGCAUUUUAUUUGGCCUCCUCCAAGACCCCAAUUUCACCGAAGUAUGCAAGAACUUCCACCUCCAGGAUCAGGACCAGCUUCAAAUGCUUGGCAUCCUUCUGAAUUAACCAAUGGAGAAUCUGGUUAUCCUCAUUAUCGAGCCACUACCGUUGGACGAAUCAAGCCAGUUUGGCCUCCACCAGGACGAUCACAAUUGAAGAAACAAUCAUCUCUACCGGAGACACGAAAGCAACUUCAUGGAUUUGAGGAAUACAUGAGACACCAUGCUGGAAUUCAUGUUCCACCCACUUAUCAUGCUCCACCAGGAACACAAUAUUACGAAACCCAAUACGAAUUGGUGCAAGGCUGAGGGACGACUAAUACGCUAAAUCAUGAUCUCCUCCAACCAAUAAAUAUUUAUAUAUAAAUUGCGCUGAAAUAUAUAUUUAACACUAUUCCAUGUUGAGUCAAAACAGAACUAGUCAUUUGUACUCCAAAAACUUCUCCCAAUUUAUCUUUUCUUCUUCUUCUUCCCUUUCCGUUCAAUUUUGAUCCCACCAACGAUUAUUAUAUUAUUAGACAACCUAUUUAAUUAUAUCCCACUCAUCCAGUAUCAAUGCUUAAUUGAUUAUUGAUUUCUGUGAAAAAUUAAGUUCCUAGUCUCUUUUAAUCCAAUGUAUACCGUGAAAGCACAAAUGCUUUAGUCAACAAAAAGAUUGUCAAUUUUGUCUCUAUUCUUCGAUUUUUUGUCAAUUAAUUGUUUUUCAAAAAAUUAAAAUCGAGCCAAUAAUUUAAACGCUUCAUAAA